GCUGCGGGUCUGGAGCUGGUGGUGUAGGCGGUGUCGGUGGGGCCGCGGGAAGAGCGGAGAGAGAGGUGCGCGUCUGCCCCGGACGCACAGCCCGCAGCGGCCCCCGUCGGGAGCGGAGCCUAGCCGAGCCGCGGGGAAGAUUGCGCAGUAAUUGGAUUUUUAAAGUUACUUAAGCCCCGGAGUAAAAGACACGGCUCCGCCGGGCGCGGUAAUAAUCCAUUUAGCCGUAACCUAAAUCCUCACCGCCGGGGCCACACAGCCGGGCCGGGAGCAGCGCCGUCGCCGCGAGACUCAACGCGGAGCUGGACAGAGCUGUCGCCUGGUUGGCGCGCGUCAGCCGUCUCGCUGUAGCCUUCUCCGGUGGGAGCAGCUCUGGAAACUUUCGCCUUGAGAAGCGCCACUGCGCUGUGAGCGCCUACCCGGCGGAGGCGCGGAAGAGUCACAGAGGGCGGGCGCGGAGCCGGGUUCCCUUCGCCGCCGCGCCUCUGCCCCGCGGAAGGGGCCUCACCGCUGCUCUUUGAGCGCUAAUGCUCCAGUGGCGCAGCGCCGAUCGGCUCUGAAGGACUUCCCGCGGCUCCCCGGGCCCCCAGCUGUCCCUGCGAUGCGAGCCGGAGGAGGAGGCGGCGGAGCGGCCGCCGCCGGCCGCCCUGUGCUGGGCCUGGCCGCACUACUGGCCGCCCUGCUGGGGACCCCCGCGGGCGCGGCAGAGCAGCAGUACCACGGUGAGAAGGGCAUCUCCGUGCCGGACCACGGCUUCUGCCAGCCCAUCUCUAUCCCGCUCUGCACGGAUAUCGCCUACAACCAGACCAUCCUGCCUAACUUGCUGGGCCACACCAACCAGGAGGAUGCAGGGCUGGAGGUGCACCAGUUCUACCCGCUGGUCAAGGUGCAGUGCUCGGCUGAGCUCAAGUUCUUUCUCUGCUCCAUGUAUGCGCCAGUCUGUACCGUGCUGGAGCAGGCCAUUCCACCCUGCCGCUCCCUCUGUGAGCGGGCCCGCCAGGGCUGUGAGGCCCUCAUGAACAAGUUCGGCUUCCAGUGGCCAGAGCGACUCCGCUGCGAGAACUUCCCCGUCCAUGGUGCGGGUGAGAUCUGCGUGGGGCAGAACACGUCAGAUGCUCCACCGGGGCCUGGUGGUGCAGCGGGCCGGGGGGCCACUGCCCACCCCACCGCUGGCUACCUCCCUGAUUUCCUCACCCCACCACAGUCCCCCUCCAGCUUCUCCUUCUCCUGCCCCCGGCAGCUCAAAGUGCCUCCUUACUUGGGCUACCGGUUUCUGGGGGAGCGGGACUGUGGGGCCCCCUGUGAGCCAGCCCGGCCCAACGGACUCAUGUACUUUAAGGAGGCGGAGGUGCGAUUUGCUCGGCUGUGGGUGGGUGUGUGGUCUGUGCUCUGCUGCGCCUCUACACUCUUCACCGUGCUCACCUACCUGGUGGACAUGCGCCGUUUCAGCUACCCAGAGAGGCCCAUCAUCUUUCUCUCAGGCUGUUACUUCAUGGUGGCGGUGGCUUAUGCAGCAGGUUUCUUGCUGGAGGAGCGGGUAGUGUGUCUGGAGCGCUUCUCUGAGGAUGGCUACCGCACUGUGGCCCAAGGCACCAAGAAAGAAGGCUGUACCAUCCUCUUCAUGAUCCUCUACUUCUUUGGCAUGGCCAGCUCUAUCUGGUGGGUCAUCCUGUCCCUCACCUGGUUCCUGGCUGCUGGCAUGAAAUGGGGUCAUGAGGCCAUUGAAGCCAAUUCACAGUAUUUCCACCUGGCUGCCUGGGCUGUGCCUGCUGUCAAAACCAUCACCAUCUUGGCCAUGGGGCAGGUGGAUGGAGAUGUACUCAGUGGGGUGUGUUAUGUAGGUAUCUACAGUGUGGACUCGCUGCGGGGCUUUGUGCUGGCACCCUUGUUUGUGUACCUGUUCAUCGGCACUUCCUUCUUGCUUGCUGGCUUUGUGUCCUUAUUUCGCAUUCGCACCAUCAUGAAACAUGAUGGCACCAAGACAGAGAAACUGGAGAAGCUGAUGGUGCGCAUUGGUGUCUUCAGUGUUCUCUACACAGUGCCUGCCACCAUUGUGCUGGCAUGUUACUUCUAUGAGCAAGCCUUCCGUGGCACCUGGGAGAAGACGUGGCUCCUCCAGACCUGCAAAACCUAUGCUGUGCCCUGUCCCAGCCACUUUGCCCCGAUGAGCCCGGACUUCACUGUCUUUAUGAUCAAGUACCUCAUGACCAUGAUUGUUGGGAUCACAACUGGCUUCUGGAUCUGGUCUGGCAAAACCCUUCAGUCCUGGCGACGCUUCUAUCACAGACUGAGCACCGGCAGCAAAGGCGAGACAGCAGUAUGAGACCCCCUUGUCCCCUCUGAAACAUGCACAGGAAUGUGUACAGGCAUACACACAGAGGAGAAGAGGGAUACUCGGCAGAAGAGUUCGGCAGAAGAGGUGGGAAGGGAGGCUUUUCCAAACUUUUUCUUCCUCCCAGAGAGUUUGCGGUGGGGGGGGAGGGUGGAGAAAGAAUCUGCAUAAAAGAUGAAAUGGACUAGCCAGUGGUGCUUAUACCCAGUGAAGUGGAAGAGCACUGAGAAAGAGGCCACCAGUUGGAUGUGAGAGUCCUUCACCAGCAAGAAGUCUCAUUACUUGUCUCUCCUCACUCCUGUGCAGGAAAAACAACCCAACUAAAACUAUCCUGCCUUGCUUUGGAUGAGGGUGGGGGCAGAAGUCAGAUGUGUUGAGCUGCCCCUGCUGAGAAGUAGCCAAAGGCUCUGCAAAUUGCUGGGGUCAAGCUGCAGUGCAGGCAGGGUAACUCCUGAGCCUGAUCUUACUGCCCGCUCCUUCCAGCUCGGCAGAGCAAUCAUGUGAGUACUGCACGCCCAGCUACAGCACAGCUUGAGUGCUGCUCUGUUCUGUCAACUCCCAAGUUCUUUUUUUUUACCUUAGUGAUACCUGUUGUAAUUGUUUUAAAGUGAAAAUCAGGCCCUCAGUCUGUUGUUCUUGCUGCUGUUGGGAAGGAGGGGGUCGAUUUUCUAGGGCCUGAAAAGAAAUGACUUGUUGCUUUUCAACAGAAGGCUUUUCCCCCUUGCCUUUGUUCUAGGAGACAAAGGGGAAAACAAAAGUGUUUUCUUUGUAGAAAGGCAUAAGCAUGGGAUCGUUUUUUAUGGGAAAACUAACAAAAAGAAGUCGUUGAGGUUCACUCUUGGAUGUGAGGAGCUCAAAGAAAUAAACAUUCCUUUUAUGAAAAAUGGAGGCGGCAGGAUGUUUUCCUACCACUCAAUAUGGUCGCUUUUCUAAGCUGAAGGAGGUGCAAGACUUAGGGCAAGAGGAGCAUAAAUGAGAGCACCUGCCAGAACAAGAGCCAUUAAAAAUAUGUGAUGUAAAGCUAUGAUUUUUUUUUCGUUUAUUCCCUUCCCAUAAACCUGCUUUCUCACCUGGCUUUGCAGUGAGCUUGCUGCAGGUGAAGUCAACACAGCCAGCUUUUGGGGACAGAAGGAAGCCUUUUGGUAACUAUGGACCGCUCUGCUUGCUUCUCCAAUUCCUUGAACUGCAUGGCAGUGAUUGUCAUGCAGGAGGGUGCUGGGGUUGGGGUUUACAAUGUAAGCAAGCAGUUACUGCAAGUGAGGAGCCUUCUCCUUUCUGCUAGAAUAUUAGCUGCAUAAGUUCUAGUGAUUACAUCUUGGAAGGAAGAUAUUAAAAAAUAAUCACAUGAAUAGUUUUCUUCUUGAAAUAUGACAGUUUUUUCUGCUCUGAAAUUUUUUAUGUUGACUUAAUGAAUUUUUUUAAUACUACAUUACCUUUAUAUUCAGUGUAGGGUGGGUUUUAUAAAUAUAAGUGUGUGUGUAUAUUCUUGCCUAAGGUCAAAAUAGGAAGUUAUGGAUUUUUAGCAGUUCUCCACCCUAUAGCUGCUCUUCAUUUUUUGGGGAGGAAAAGUGUCUGGAAUGAAACCUUAAAAGAAAAAACAAACAAACAAACAAACCUGUUCAAGGUGAGGAGGCAGACUGCUGCUGUCUGAGGGCAUACUGGUAGUACGGGCAGGAGGAAUGGGCCCAUCAGCCAAAUUCUUCAGCAGACCUGAUUUCAGACUUGCAGGGCUUCAGUUUUUGUCUUUUUCUUCCAUAUGCACAUUAUUAAAAAAAGCCCCAAACCAAACAUAUAAGACAAGUGCAGUGUGUAUAUUUUGUAAAUCUCUUUUUGUAAGAAAAUAUGUAUUUAUGUUUUUACUUGAUUUUUUUUUUAAGGUCUGUAUGAGGCCCUGCUUCAUCCCAUGUACAGAUCACUAAAUAAAUAAUUUUUAAUACAAGA